AUGGGGAAGCGAGAGGACAACGAUUCGACCAACCUUCCGCUCGUGAAAGUGGGUCGGUUCGGGCGCGUGACGGUGGCGGAGCAGGGCGCGGAGGACCGCGACGCAGCGGCGUACAAGCGGCUCAUGGCGCUCAUGAAGGAGGAGGCGAGGCCCAUCGGGUACCUGCACGGCCGGGGAGCUUCCACCUAUCUUUCGGUGUUGACUUGGCCCAUGCACGCAGCAGCAUCCAAGAGUGACAGCCCACAGCCACCAGCAUUGGCUAGCCCUGCAGGCUCCCCCGCAGCACCACCUAAAGCAUCUCUCCCCAACAGGCAAAAGACACUUCUUAAAGCAAUUGAGGUGGUGGCGAUAUACCCCAUGCUAUCACCGCCCACGCUAACAGCGGGGGCGUCCAAUCGCGCGUGCAACGCGCUCGCCGUGCUGCAGUGCGUCGCCUCGCAUCCUGAGACGCGCGUGCUCUUCCUCAAUGCGCACAUACCGCUGUACCUGUACCCCUUCCUGAACACGGUCAGCAAGACGCGCCCGUUUGAGUACCUGCGCCUCACCUCCCUGGGCGUCAUUGGCGCGCUUGUCAAGGUGGACGACACAGACAUGGUGAACUUCCUCCUCUCAACGGAGAUCAUCCCUCUCUGUCUGCGAACCAUGGAGAUGGGGUCGGAGCUCUCCAAGACGGUGGCCACGUUCAUAGUGCAGAAGAUUCUGUUGGACGACGUGGGGCUCGCCUACAUCUGCGCCACUGCUGAGAGGUUCUUCGCUGAGGUCCAGGGGUCUAGGGCGGGCAGUGGGCAUGCGUUCAUAGUGCAGAAGAUUCUGCUGGACGAUGAGGGGCUGGCCUACAUCUGCGCCACUGCUGAGCGGUUCUUUGCUGUGAGUGCAGUGCUGGGAAACGUGGUGCAGCUACUAGCAGAGCACCUUGCAGUGCUGGGCAUCAUGGUGAGUGCAGUCCUGGGAAACAUGGUGCAACUACUAGCGGAGCACCCCUCAGUGCGCCUUUUGAAGCACAUCAUCCGCUGCUACCUGCGUCUCUCCGACAACCCCAGUGUGGCCGAGGCCCUCCGAACCUGCCAGAUCUCCUCCGAGACGCCACCUUCUCAGCGUGCCUGCGCCUCUCAUACCUCUUCGUAUACCUCUCUUCCCCCUUGUUCCCCUUCGUUCCCCUCUCUCUCCCCCCAGGUGAGUGCAGUUCUGGGCAACAUGGUUCAGUUACUAGCAGAGCACCCGUCCGUCCGCCUCUUAAAGCACAUCAUCCGCUGCUACCUGCGCCUCUCCGACAACCCCCGCGCGGGGGAGGCCCUGCGCACGUGCCUGCCAGACCUGCUCCGAGACGCCACCUUCUCAGCGUGCCUGCACGACGACGUCACCACGCGCCGAUGGCUCGCACAACUCCUCAUCAACGUCGGCCCGCCGCUGCACCAGGGGGGCGGGGGUGGGGCAGGGGGAGUGGGCGGGGGCCCUGGGGGCCCUCCUGGCCCUCCCCAGGCGCUUCAUGGCGGGGGAGGGAAUCCCGUGCCUGGGGGGCCGGGCGGAGGUGGGGUGGGGAUGCAUGGGGGAGGAGGAGCAGGUCUGCACUCGUCGUCCCCCUCGCCGCUCCAUGGAACUUCGUCGCCAAUGCAUGCAGCGCAGCGGCUGGGGCAGAUGGGGGGUCCCAUGGGGGUGGUGGGGGGCAUGGGCUAA